AUGGCUACGCUGUUGGGUAAGACGUUGUCGCAGGUGCAUCCGAAGCUUCGAACGAAUGGUAUUGGGAUCGGGAACAACCACAGACGUAUAUCUUUAGGGUUCGAUCUUUUGAAUGCAGAUAAGAAGAACCCAUUGUUGAGGAAGUACUUGAAGAAACGGAGGCAUCGGGGGUUGCAUUUGCAUCCGGACGAACAAGGGAGCUACCACACGCUAGAUGAGGAUUUUGGGAGCAGUGUGAGGAACUCGGCUCAUGUGCUUGACGAGGUUUUGGAAGAUGAGGAAGAGGAAUUGGGCGAGCCAUUGAGCAGGACGGUGUCUCUUCCGUCCCGUGUAUCUGAGCGAAGCGACGAAACGGUGCAGCAGAGCAUGGACUGGUUGCUCGAGGAGCACGAGCGUCGGUUCUCGACGACUUCGUCGCGGAAUAGCGAAGGGUCUCGAGAAGAAGAAGAGGAACUGGAAGAACAAGAACAAGAACAAGAAGAUGCCAUUGCGUAUGACGAGUUCAUGCACCGAGUGCGACUGCAAUUGCAGCAGGAUUUCCAAGGUAGUAGUAGUGGCAAAGGUACUGUUGGCAAAGGUGCGAGGGAAACACGUCGCGGGUCGCUCAUAUCGGUCACGAGUCGCGGGUCUGUUCCCCAGGUUUUCCAAGACGUCGAUAGCGCAGCGUACCAGGACUUGAGCCAUGCUCGGGUCACGGUCAAGAGCGAGAUCAAGGUGCUAGCGUCGUACUCGAUCCCGUUGAUCUUCACGUUUUUGUUGGAACAGAUGUUCCCCGUUGUGUGUUCGCUCACGGUGGGCCAUUUGGGUAAGACCGAAUUGGCAGCGGUUUCGUUGGCAUCGAUGACUACGAACAUUACAUAUGCUGUAUUUGAGGGCAUUGCGACGAGUUUGGACACGCUUUGUCCGUUGGCGUAUGGGGCCGGGAAGUACUAUAGUGUUGGAGUGCACAUGCAGCGGUGUGUUGCGUUUUCGAUGGUGGUUUUCGUGCCGUUUGGGUUUGUGUGGUGGUUUUCCGAGCCGAUUUUGAGCUGUGUGAUGCCCAAUGAGCCGGAAUUGAUCCACUUGACGUCCAAGUUCUUGCGUGUGAGCAUCCUGGGGGCGCCCGCGUACAUUGUUUUCGAGAGCAUGAAGCGGUUCUUGCAAGCACAGGGCAUCUUUGACGCUGGAAUAUACGUGUUGAUGAUUUGUGCGCCGCUCAACAUAUUCAUGAGUUACACGUUGGUGUGGAACUCGAGGAUCGGGAUGGGUUUCAUUGGGGCUCCAAUUGCUGUUGUGUUGAAUUUCUGGAACAUGGUGAUCCUCAUGGUGUUGUACGCUGUGUAUGUGGAUGGGUUCAAGUGCUGGGGCGGGUUCAACAAGAAGUGUUUGACGCAUUGGAAAGCGCUUGCCGAGUUGGCGAUUCCGGGGAUCAUCAUGCUUGAAGCCGAGGAUCUUUCGUAUGAGAUCUUGACGCUUUUCAGUUCUUAUUUCGGGACCACGUACUUGGCAGCGCAGUCUGCUGUGUCUACGACAGCUGCGUUGCUCUACAUGAUUCCGUUUUCCGUUGGUAUAUCUACUAGCACGCGGAUUGCGAAUUUCAUUGGGUCGAGAAGACCCGAGUGUGCGAAGCUUGCGGCUGAGCUUGGGAUUGGGUCUAGUUUAUUUGUUGGAUUGCUCAACUGUUUGAUAAUUACGGUUGACAAGCGGUCGAUAGCGAAGAUAUAUUCGAGCGACGAAGAAGUGAUUGAGUUAAUGUGCGAGCUUUUGCCCUUGGUGGGGCUAGUGGAGAUAUUUGACUCGUUGAAUGCGAUCAGCGGGUCGUGUUUGCGGGGCCAAGGGAUGCAGUAUAUUGGUAGUAUAGUGAAUUUGGUGGUGUAUCAUUUUGUUGCGAUUCCGCUUGGGAUAUUUUUGGGGUGGCACGAGAACAUGAAGUUGUUUGGGCUCUGGAUCGGGAUUGGUGUUGGGAUGUUGACGAUUGGUGUUGUGCAGAGCUACUUUGUGUUGUUUCCGAGCUGGGACAAGAUCAUGGCGCAGGCCGAGAAGCGGCAGGACGAGGACUCUGAUGAGGAGGCGGGCGAGGAUGAGUUUGAUUCUACUAGCGAUGAUGACGAGGAGGACAUGCCGUUGUUGGCCUAG